AUGUUAUUCUUCUUUUUUAUUCUUCUUAGUUUAUUUAAUUCUAUUUUGUCACUCGAUAAUGGACUUGGUAAAACACCACAAAUGGGAUGGAAUAGUUGGAAUCAUUUUGGAUGUAAUAUUAAUGAAACAGUAAUACGUCAAACAGCUGAUGCAUUGAUAGCUACUGGUUUAGCUAAAGCUGGUUAUAAUUAUAUUAAUGUCGACGAUUGUUGGGCAUCAUCACGUGAUCCACAAACAAAAUUUAUUAUUCCUGAUCCAAAUGGAUUUCCAUCUGGUAUGGCAUCAUUAGCUGAUUAUGUUCAUUCACGUGGUCUUUUAUUUGGUCUUUAUUCGGAUGCUGGAAUUUCGACUUGUGCUGGUCGACCAGGUUCCUAUGGCUAUGAAGAAAUCGAUGCACAUAUUUAUGCACAAUGGAAAGUUGAUUAUCUGAAAUAUGAUAAUUGUAAUUCUAAACCAACAAAUAAAACAAUUAAAGAACGUUAUGAACGUAUGCGUGAUGCAUUAAAUCAUACAGGUAGACCAAUAUUUUAUUCUGCAUGCGAAUGGGGUGAAAUGUUACCUGCAUUAUGGUUUCGUUCGGUUGCUAAUUCAUGGCGAACAACUCCAGAUAUUAUUGAUACAUGGUUAUCAAUGUUAUUUAAUAUUGAUAUUAAUGAUUUAUUUGCUGAUUAUGCAGCACCACACGGUUUCAAUGAUCCAGAUAUGUUAGAAAUUGGUAAUGGUGGUAUGACAUUAAAUGAAUAUCGUACACAUAUGAGUCUUUGGUCAAUAGCUAAAUCACCAUUACUUAUUGGUUGUGAUGUACGUAAUAUAUCAAAAGAAAGUUUAGAAAUUUUAACAAAUUCCGAAGUUAUUGCUGUUAAUCAAGAUCCACUUGGUGUACAAGGAAAAAAAAUACGUAUUGAUCUUGAUCAUGAUACAGAAAUAUGGGCUGGACCAUUAGUUGAUGGAUCAAAAGUUGUGAUUACAUUUAAUCGUGCAGAUAAUAUUGCCGACAAAAUUUUAGUCUUAUUUACUGAUUUAGGUUGGAAUUCAACAACUACAGUUAAUAUUCGAGAUCUUUGGUUACAUAAGGAUCUUGGAGAAUUUAAAGGAAAUUACACAGCUUACAAUAUUGAAUCACAUGGUGUUGAAAUGCUUAAAAUGACUCCUGUUAUGUUAUAA